AUGACGGACCAAACAUCCAGCGGCAAGGGCAUGGGCCGUCCCGUGCGGUCGUGGAACCAGUUCAGCGGCCUGUUCCCCGGCACGAACGGCCUGAGGAAGCAGAAGAACGACGAGUCGCACGGAUCGCUCGCGGAGAUCGUCAUGGCGGAGAGCGCCAAGUCGAAGAUCAAUUACGACAAGUGCAAGGCGCGUGAACGGACGGACGCGCGAAUAGUUUCGUCGCCGACGCGCGCGACGCCGCGCGGUCGCGAGCGUCGUCGACCGCGACGCUCGAUCGCGCGGCUCGAACCCGCGUCUCGUCGCGCGCGCCCGUCGCGAACCCUACGUUAA